AUGACAUUUGCUUGCAAAAAGUGCAAGAAGUGCUUCCGCAAGGAUGUCCAGGAGUUUGAGGAGGCUGAUGAGUACUGCCCGCACUGCGACAACCAUUUUGUACUCGAUGCCUUGACACCAAAGGCUGCCCUCACAGUCGAAGCUGAGGAUGCUCGGGUAGAUAACAGAAUGUUGAAGUCGGGCGAUGACAGGAUCAAGGGUGAGAAGCAGCGGACGAUAUUCGACCCAGAAACCGAAGCAGACAAGCUAGGUUAG